UGGAGUAAUUAAGACAGCUGUGAUUUACUGUAAUGGAAAAUGAUGCUGUGUUUGUGGAGCAGUUGCCUGAUUUAUGGUAUUGAUGCUGACUCUGAAUGUGCUGACUCUGAUAGUAAAUGAAGAUAUUUGUGCAGUGGGUACAGUCUGGCUGAACCUUACCCCAGCCCAGAAGCAGCCUACCUAGUAGAAUCAGAAGGAGCAGGAUCCUACAAGGCACCGUGUGAGUUAAUGUCCAGCUCAUUGCCCUGAAUGUGGGCCAGAUUCCAUGUAAAUAAUCUGCUGAACCUCUCUGCUGUAGCUCAUUGCUGCAAAGGAAAAUGCUUUACACACUCAGUGUCCACUCAUAUAGAAGCAAACUCACUGUCCUUCGCGAGUGACAGGAAAUAGUUACAGUCAAGAGCUGAACUUGACAAGAGGACUUUAGACCAGCUGGUGAAGCGAGGGAGGCAAGAACAGCCAGUCAGCAGCCGGAGCAAAGCUUAUCUGAAACACAGCCAGAGCAACACUGCCAAGAACUGUGCCAAUGAUUGAACAACUGAGUGAAAGAGGAGCUGCCUUCGACACAACUCGUUUGCUGGCCCCAGCUCUCUCAUACAAAGGAGGAGACUUCACUUUUGCAAAGUUUCACAGAAUUGUUGCCAGGAACAGCAGAGAGGGCUGCACAGGAACUGAUCAGUGAGUCACUGAUCCCUCAAGCUACAGCUUUGAAUGGACACACACAUCUCAGUAAUUCGCAGCCUCUCUUUAACCCUUCAGCAGCAGGACUACAAGAGAGAGUUUGGCAGUGAUUUACAGCCUGGAGUCCAAUUGGGAAGCAUUUGUGUUCUUCUGCACAGAUCUGUAAAGAAAGCCAAGGCAUGGAACUGAAGCAAACAUUCUCCACAGCUUCCAGAAUGGAGCCCCGGGAUGGGCCUGUCCGUCAGCCCAAAAUCUUCAUGAUUUCCAAACACACGAGCGUCCAGCUGUCCGAGCAACCAGGUGGAACACUGCGGAAGAAGAUUCUGUCACCAGGGGAAUCCGCCAGCCCUCCCUGCUCCAGCUCUGAUAGAGUUCCCACACCCAAUGACUUUGUCCCUUCUCUGGACACAGAGCCCGACUUUUCUCCAGGAAGAGCUAUCAAUGGAUGGACCGAACCACACAAUCCAGCUCCGGUUCUGGAGAUGAAUGGAACUGAAGGACACUCUGUAUGUUCAGAUGUAGCAUCCACUGAUCAGCCCAGGGCGGACACUGGAUCAACUAAGGAUCAAACCGAAGCUCGGCGGGAAAAGAUCUGGAUAAAGUAUGAAGGUGCUGGCCCGAUGGAUGAAAUGGGAAUGCCUAUUGCUUCCAGACCAAGUGUGAACAAGCCAAAGGAUUGGUACAGGAUGAUGUUUCAGCAGAUUCACAGCAGACCCACAGAUGAUGAAUUGGAUGCCGAUGAUGUGACAGACAAAUCAAACAGAGAUUCCCAAUCCACAGAUGAUCUCUGGCAAUUGACAGAUGUGGAGAUUCCAGGAUCCGAUGCCCUGCAGCCAGAUUUCACCAUCAACCACUGGAAGGAGCUGGAACUCCGAGAAGCGGAGAGUGAAGGCCUGAGGCUGCAGGCUCAGCACAACAGUAUCUUCAGCUAUGAGCCAGGAGACUGGAUAGUGCAGGGACCAGAAGAAGGGGCUGAAUCUUCCACUGUGAAUUCUGCCACCGGAAGUCUGUCCAACUCCAUUGAGGUUUCACUCGAGAAAGAGCUGAGCCAGUUAGAAGCUGAGUUGGAUUCUGAUCUCCAGAACCUACAGCUGCAGCUGGCAAAGAGAGACGGGAAGAACCAGGAAAGCUCGGGAAGGCAGCAGCUGCAGGUGCAGUGUAAAAGUGUCAGUGAAAUGAGCUCACCUCCCGGGUGGGUGCAGUCACCUGGAAAUCUCCAAACCAGCGGUCAAUGCAGCGAGUUGUCUGGCAACAGGAGCCUCCAUGGAGACACUGGCACCAGAGAUCACCAAGCACCCUUGGGAGGUGCUCGGGGCUGCGUGAAUAAUGGGAACAGUCCUGAUGGAAGACAGGACAACUUGUCAGAUCGGCCACACACCUCUGAAAUGAGAAAGAUGAAGGCAGCGCGAGCCAAGUUUGAUUUCCAGGCUGAAUCUGCAAAGGAACUUACUCUUCAGAAGGGAGAUGUUGUUUACAUUCACAAAGUACUCGACCAGAACUGGCUGAAGGGGGAGCACCAUGGGAGGGUCGGGAUCUUCCCAACAUCUUAUGUUGAGUUUAUUCCUGACACUGAGAGACCAACACCAAUUAAGAGCCCACCCAUCCAAAUCCUGGAGUAUGGAGAAGCUGUUGCUAUAUUCAACUUCAAAGGCAAUUUGAGUGUGGAGCUCUCCUUUCGCAAGGGUGAAAUAAUCUCAUUGAUGCGAAGAGUCGAUGACAAUUGGUUCGAGGGAAGAAUAACAGGCACCAGCCGGCAAGGAAUCUUUCCAGCCAAUUACGUACAAAUAGUGAAAAGUCCUAAAGUCAAAAAUGCCAUUGGCUCAGUCCCAAUCUCCCAAAGUCAGCAGACCCCCUGUAGUCCACCAAUCUCACCAAUGCAGCAACAUUGCAAUAUUUCACCAAGCCCCUCAACCCUAUCUCGUGACAACACCUUAGCAUCUCUCCCAGCCCAGCAAUACCUGAAAACCUCCCCCGACCCUCUCCCAAAAACCCAACCAUUUCCCAACAGCUCACCAUCUCUCCCCGCCCAGCAAUACCUGAAAACUUCCCUUGACCCUCUCCCAAAAACCCAACCAUUUCCCAACAGCUCAACAUCUCUCCCAGCCCAGCAAUACCUGAAAACCUCCCCUGAACCUCUCCCAAAAACCCAACCAUUUCCCAACAGCUCAGCAUCUCUCCCAGCCCAGCAAUACCUGAAAACCUCUCCUGAACCUCUCCCAAAAACCCAACCAUUUCCCAUCAGCUCAGCAUCCCUCCCAGCCCAGCAAUACCUGAAAACCUCCCCCGACCCUCUCUCAAAAACCCAACCAUUUCCCAUCAGCUCAGCAUCUCUCCCAGCCCAGCAAUACCUGAAAACUUCCCCUGACCCUCUCCCAAAAACCCAACCAUUUCCCAACAGCUCACCAUCUCUCCCAGCCCAGCAAUACCUGAAAACCUUCCCUGAACCUCUCCCAAAAACCCAACUAUUUCCCAUCAGCUCAGCAUCUUUCCCAGUCCAGCAAUACCUGGAAACCUCCUCUACCACCAUUACCCAGCAAUAUCUGAACACUUCACUAACUCUACCAACCCAGCAUUACCCCACUACUUCACCCACUCCUGUAACCCAGCAUUACCCCAAUACUUCUUCAACUCUGCCAGCCCAGUAUUAUUCCCCCACCUCAUCCAUCUCUGCAAAAAUGGAGGGCACAGCUUCGUUGACCAAACGACCAGCCAAUCACUACUCCGUACCAAUGCCAACCACCAGACAGCAGACAGUUGUAGCAUCGAACACCAAUCAGCACGCAGUGCCAGAUUUGUCAACCAGUCAGCAUGGAGGUGGUCCUGUUGACCCUCUCUCCUGGCAGCUCCAGUCAUCACCUCGUCAGCUGGCAGUAGGCUCAGGAACCAUGGCAACUGCAUCUUCUAACCUGCAACCAGUGCUUUCUGCCCAGGUGCAUGCUAACCCCAGACUGCAGUCUCACAGAAUUCCCACAAAGGUUGUAGGAUACCAGAUGGGAAAUACCGGAACUGGGAUUGCUGAAAGCUGGAGUCCUUACCGGGCACUGUAUAACUACCGUCCAGUGAAUGCCGAUGAGCUGGAACUGAUGGAAGGUGACCUUGUCGAUGUGAUGGAGAAAUGCGACGAUGGCUGGUUUGUAGGUACAUCUCGUCGGACCAACCACUUCGGAACAUUCCCUGGGAACUAUGUGCGACCAGCAUAAUCUUCCUUACCAACAACAGAAUCUUCAUGACAGUCAUCCAGGCCUGAAUACACUCUCUCUCUGCCUCUUUGUCUUUCCUUCACUCUCACUCUGUCUUUCCUUGCUGUGUCACUUCCUCUGUCAGUCUCUUUCCCUUUAGCUUUCUGUCUCUCUUCCUCUUUCUCUGUCUGUCUCUCUCUCCUUCUGUGUCUCUCUCCAACACUCUGUCUCUUUCUCUUUCUGUCUGUAUCUCUGUCUCUCCCUCCCUUUCUCUCUGUCUGUCUGUGUCUCUCUCCCUCUCUCACCAUCUCCCCUACUCCUCUCUCUGUCUCUCUCAAUCUCUCUCUCUCCCUCAUCCUCUCUGUCUCUCUCUCGCUCUCUCUGUCCAUCUGUCUCUGUCUCUCUCUCUCUCUGUCUGUCUGUCUGACUCACUGCUUCUUACUCUCUCUCUAUCUCUAUCUCUCUCUCUCUCUCUCUCUCUCUCUGUGUUUGUCGCUUUUAAAUCAGGUAAUCAUCCCCCUGAGACUUGAAACUGUUGUCCAACUGUGUGGACCUAAACCGGAACCAGAUCUAAAGGAGCUGGAUGGGACCUCCCAGAUCCAAUUGGAAGUGGGGCUCAGGACCAGGGUGGAGAGUCGGGGAGUGGUGCAGUGAUUCAGAAAGAAUUACACCUCUCCAACUGGAGUAACUGUGCUGCGAGCGGGGUGCUGCAGAGUGUCCAGAGUGCAGGAUCACCCUUCUGUUGCUCACCCUGGGAUCAUCCAUAAUGGGAAUGGAUGGUUACAUGGGGAUCCCCUCACGCAGUGAGACGUUACCAAUCAGAGUCAAUACUCUGGUACAGCACACAUCCAGUCAACUCCAUCAGGUUCUCCUGGACCUUCAGCAAAGGUUAGAAACCAUGCUGCAUUUUGGAUGGAGGACAUUCUGAACAGCCACAGAGCCGAACUUAGCUGAGUCCAGACAGAGAGCCCCAGGCCGUGAAAGACCCAGACCGUGGAAGUCUAGACUAUGUGAGUCCAGACUUGGGAAGCUGAGGUCAGCCCAGGCUGUGGGCUCUUUAGAAAGGGAUGACACAGUCAGGCUGAUAGGGAUGUAGAGGAGCCAUUGAGUGACCAUGCAGAUUCAAACAGCAAGAUGCUGAGCAGACACUGCUGGAACACUGGCACAGGAUGAUCCCAGGCCAUAGGAGCAGCUGGCUGUCUGUGUGAGAAACGUUCCAGGCUGUAGUUUUUGGAAGGGGUCUGGCUGCUGAGCUUUUAGUUGUCUCUGACUGUGUCUGAGCUGGUUCAUGAGUUUUGUGCUGUGGCUGACUUGCAGAAUUGACUGCUAGAGCCUCAUAAUUCUAGGAAUGUGCUUAACUUGGUCUUUCAUCUGUGUUGCUCUGUACCCAUCAUAUAUUUGUAUAAACCUUCUAUUCUUUCCAAUAAAACAAAAGAUAUCCAGAUUCAGAAAGUCUUUCCUUUCGGGUGUAAGUUAAUGGAAAUUCCCAUUCUAUACAGGCUCACUACCUCAGCAUGUAGCAUGCAGAAACUUGCAGUUACCUCCCAAAGCUCCUUUUCACAGAGUGACCCAGCUCAACAUUCCUCCCAGUAUGAUAUGAUCCAUCAAAGUCCAACAGAGUCAUAGAAGGAGAGGUCAGGGGACCUAGUGAGAGCUUGCUUACAUUGGGCUGCUUUAAAGACUGUCCUGAGGGAGGAGGAUGUUUAAGUUUUCAAUCCCUGAUUUACUAAUCUCUGUAGUGCUGCCAUUUGAACCUGUGUCCCACAAUGUUAACAUUAACAUUGUCCUCGGAAAUUAUUGGUCCAGGCCAUUAGCACCAUCCCAACAUUUAAACCAACUGUUGAACCUGUUUCCACUACCUUUUCAAGUAGUGUGUAGCAAAAAAAAACUAUUUUGAUCAGCACGGACCAGUUUGGGCCAAAGGUUCUGUUUCCGUGCUGUAGGACUCUGAUUCUAUGGACUCACUGCAUUUUUAAAAAUAUAUUCUUCCCAUCUCCCCUCCAUUUCUGGUCAAAAAUAAAACUCCUGUCAGCUCUGAUGAAGAGUCAUCUAGACUCGAGAUGUUAGCUUGCUGUCUCUCCAUGGACGCUGCUUGACCUGCUAUGAUUUCCAGCAUUUUUUGUUUUCACUUCAGCCACAACUAACUGUUUCUUCCAAAUUACCUUACACCAAACAUUCGAUCUCCUCUCAGCUUCUGUGCCGGAUGAAGAACGGUGUCAGCUUGUCCAAGUAGCAGAAGUCAGUCUCCUCACAACUUCUCCACAGUCUUGAUAUUCCCACCUCAAAUGUGGUGCCCAGAAUUCAAUACAAUACACCAGGGAAACCUAACCAGUGACAGACAGCUUCCUUGCUUUGGUUAACAGCCACUUCGAUUUGUUGUCAGCUUCAAAGAUUUGUACACAGGGAGAGAGGGAGAGAGAGGCAAGAAUAAUCCCAAAGUGUGUCUGCUGCCAUAAUGCAGAGAAGACCGUGGAACAGGUAGAGGAUUGGGUUAGAAGUCUCUGUGCUGGAUCCCCUGUAGGAUCUCAGGCUGUAAGAACUGACAGGAU